UAUCAGAUUGUCAUUUAUUUAGUGACUAGCGUCGAAUUAUUCAAAACAGAGUUUCUCACGUGGUUUUUCAUUGGUUUUGUAGAUUAAUUUAUGUACAAUGAAAGUUUCCGUGGGAGAUGUGGUUCUGCCCGGUGAUUAUUGCGAAGAAAUCACAAAUGUGGGUGAAAAGAGUAAGGUUAUACUUGGUCCCGGGUUGGGACGCGAACUGGACAAAGUUUACAUGACUAAAGCUGGCAUUCUGAGAAAACGCAGUCCUAAUACGUAUUGGGUGGAGAACCAACAGAAGCGAUACGUUCCGUCAAGGGGAGAAAACGUGGUUGGCUUUGUUAUUCAAAAAGCGGGAGACAUAUUCAGAGUGGACAUCGGAGGAAGUUGCCCUGCCGCGCUCUCCUAUUUAUCAUUUGAGAGUGCUACUAAGAAAAACAGACCCGAAGUUCAAGUUGGCGACGUUGUGUAUGCGAAAACCUUAGUUGCCAGCAAAGAUAUGGAACCUGAGCUAGUCUGUGUAGACUCUCAUGGGAAGAAAGGCCGCCUCGGAGUUUUGACUGAUGGAUUUGUGUUUAAAUGUUCACUGAACCUUGUUAGGAAGAUUUUAAAUCCUAGUUGCCCUCUGUUGGAGUCACUGAAGAAUGAAUGGCCAUUUGAGUUAGCUGCGGGCAUGAAUGGCAGAAUUUGGAUCAAAGCGAAGACUAUGAGAGAAACAAUAGCAGUUGGUAAUGCUAUUUUAGGCUGUGAAUACUUGGACAACCAGGAAAUCAAAAGCCUAUGCAGUAAUAUUACAAAUAUUUUAUCUGGACACAUUUCAUAAUAAAAUUUGUAGAAGUA